AUGGAUUUUUCCGAUGAUUUACCACCGCAGUACACAAAAGUCGUGAAGAGAAGCGGAAGCAAAAGAAGGGUGGUGAAAAGGAGAGAAGUCAAGGAAUUAGUCAGCACCGCCAUUAGAGCCGCUCAUGUUGCAAGAGACAAAGGAUACUACAUCGCCUCUCCAGAAGCCGUAAAGUGCGUUGGGAUUCUCAGGCUUUUGCGAAGCUUGCCUCUGACUCCUCGGCUUAUUAUCAAAGCAGACGCCUUUCGCACGCUUCAAUUCCUCGCUAAGAAUGGUAACCCUAAAAUCCGGUCUGAGUCAAAAGCCGUCGUUGAUCACUGGUGGAGUAUUCUGAAAAACGAAACAAGCUAA